ACCAUUGACUGAUUGGUUCCCCUCUGCAAGGUUCUCCAGCAGGACUCAGCCGAAUCCAAGGCCCGACGUAGUCGUUCUCCGGCAGCUAACGCUGUUUUUAGUGACGCGCCGCCACCGACCUGGCUUAACCGUCCAUUAGUAUGCGACGAGAGAUGGCGACACGCUUCUUCUGGACUGCUCUCUGGUUGCUGUGUACGCUGUCUUCGCUGGCCCACAUCAGCCUCGGAGCUCCGGCCGAGGUUAAGAUCCUCAACCCUCUGAACGAGCUGCCACCUGAAGUCUCUCCCGCCGUGCUCAAAGAAAUCGAAGACGCCUUCCGCAAGGGUAGCACCAUGCAGAACAUCCUGGAGAUGCUGCAGUCCUCUGGAGAUGAAGUUGACAUGCGUGAGCUCUCCAAGGCCAUUGUGUCUCACAUUUUGUCUGCGAGAGGACAACAAGGUUCCGAAUCAGGCCAAGUGGACAACUCACUCCAAGGCGAUCUCUUCUUGGCGGCAGGGGACGAGUCUCCCGGGAUUGUAGACUUCGGAGAUCAGGAUUUCAAUAUCUUUACUGAUACAGUUGUCACAGUUGCUCCUCUAACCACCAGAGCUGAGAGGCAGACGACGUCCAUAGGUGCAGCUUCCACGCAAGGUGGUGCUACUGUGGCAGCCAUCCCGGCAACUUCAGUUGGUGCGAGAGAAUCGGACGCCACCGCCGCGACGAUAAGGUGGUUGGACGCCAGCAAAAAGAAUGAUUAUUCCAGCAGCACGCCAAUGCCAAAGAAAGAAGACACAAGAGAGCAGGUGACAGACUCUCCAAUUUUGCCGAAUGCUUCACUUGUUGCUGCUAUUGAAGGGGAAGAAACCAAGCAGGAGGCAGAGGUUGCAGAGGAAACAAGCGGCUAUCAGGCACCGCCAGAAGUGAUUAUAGAAAACGGAAGCGCGACUUCUACGAAGGAAGAGUCCACAACGGAGCCCGGACUUUCUGACUCGACACAGGGAGUCAAUACUGGUGAUGUUGUUAUAGAACCUGUGCUACCCUCACAAAGCAAUGGAACUGAAGACUCAGAAGACGCAGAGACAUUUGAACACCAAGAACAAGAAGUAAUUGUCACAGUUGGGGCAGCUCAAGAACCGAUCGGGAACAGGGACGUGUUGACAGAGCAAACGGAUGCUAAUGCUGAGGAAGAGAUACCGUAUGGCCAAGACGAAGCCGAUUCAUUCACAGCAGUGCCGUUUGCUCAGGAAGCCGAAAACAUAGAUCCAACAACUAUCGCCUCGGUUGUUGAGGUAGCUCCCACUGAAGACGCCCAGUCUACUGCACCUGUUGACGAAAGAACCAACGAAAAUAGUGAGAGUGCCACAACAUACUCACCAAUUGUAAAUUCAAAUGGAGACGGGCCCAGCGUACAGGUCAUCAAGGAAGUCAAUGAAGGGAACACAGCAGAACAAAAUAAAUCAGAAAAUGAUCACGCUAGCACUUCAGCGAGCCCAGCAAAGGAAACGACUGAAGCUGCUGUGUUCGAAGAGCCAGAUACCAAUGACAGCGAUCUGUCAUCAACGGGUCCACAAGGUAGCACAACGCCUGCACCAUCAACUGCACCAGAUGAAGACACCCAGUCUGUCGCUGCAGACAAUGCACCUAUCGGAACCACGCCAGCGGCAGCGACUUCGGAGGAACCCGACUCAGCGUCCCAGGAUAUAAACAACUCCACCGCCGCUCAGUCUAGCAACCACGAUUCGAUGGUCAUGGUUGGGGAUGGGGAUGUCAUGAACAUCACGUCGAUUGCAGGUCCCGGCUCCUCAGUCUCAUCCAAGGAGGAAUCAGAUGGUGCUGUGACAGUGACGACUGGACACGCUGUCUUUCGGCAACCAUCGGCUGGAUCCACUGGACCGAACGUGUUGAAAAACGUUCAGGGAACACUGGAGGCCAUCUCACACUUCCAGGCUCCGUUACGCUCUAUGAUCAUCAAGCAGCUUGGCUCGAAAUUCGCCCGACUCACCACUGUGUUCCGUCGUCUUGACCUCUCAGAUCCCCUGCCUGAAAUAUCCACCAUCGUAUCUGAGGCUCUCUCCAGCGUCCGCGUUCAGCACCUUCGCUCACCAACCAAACGAGCCACCUCCAUGGAGAGGGACGCUCUUCAGCUGAGUGUCAACGGCGUCCGUGUCGAUGUCAACGUCUCAAGCAGACCGGAGUUCGUGCAGCACGGUCCCACGAUUGUCAACCAUGUGAGCGUCGAUGGACGCAACAUGUACGUCCAGCUUCACCUUCACUUCCGCAACGUAAGCGUUCCCCUGAACUACAGCGUCAGCGCCGACCUCUUCCCACCCUUCUUCUCCAUACGGCGUCCCAGCGGCGAGGCGCACGUGGAUAUGGAAGAAGUUCUUGUGCCGCUGCGGAUACCCUUCAGACUGAUCUUCCAGAAGAAUGAAGGCGAGGCUACUACGGCGGGCAUUCUGGUACCGGAGGAUUUUGUCACUCACGGGGCGAGCAUGCUAAACGUUUCUACACAUUUCGCCGACUGCGGGGAGAGAGACUUCAUGGAGAAGGAGGUCCUCAGAUUCGACGAGCAUCUGAAGAGCGGACUGGAACACUGGCUGAGUCACGAACCUCUGACCUCGCUGACCGACACACUGCGAGGUCACCUACUGGCCGCCUCUCGCCAGCCGGCCACCAUGGGUCUGUCCAGAGGGAGCCGCGACCAGGUCACCCUGACCACCAACGACAUGGGUGCCGCGGGCACCAACAACACGGGCAGCGUGGCCACAGACGACCAGGGUUCCCUAACCACCGACAACCAGGGUCCUUCAACUACCGACGAUCAGGGUACCGUGAUCACCAACGACAUGGGUAGCCUGCCCACCGAUGACCAGGACACCCUGGUAGUCGAAGAGGAGCCGAGACGCCCGGGCGUGAGCGAUGGGGACAUGGAAGACCAUCCAAUGGACGAAAGCAACAUCUAUGGAGAACAAGAUGCAGUCCCGUUCGGCAUUGGAGAUUAGAGAAGCAGCUCUGCUUUACCGCUUUGAGAGGUUCCAAGGCAUGUAUAAAACCAUGAUGCAGGAUGAGUAUGAUGUUGAUGUGCUUGCUGCUCUGCUAGUUGAUAUGGUGUUACGACUCUUCUAAGCAAGGGGGUUGAUGGAAUGAUGCAAUCUAGUUGCAGUGUUCUGAAUUAGGAAGGAAGAUGUGGUGUUUGCUUGGGCCGUUGCAGCGGCGUUUUUAGUUUUAUAUGAUAACUAGAGGCUCGGCAAUGGCAUAUAUAAAAAAUCAUAACAAGUGCUUUCAUCAUGCUUGGAUAGACUGUUAGCCCUAUUGUACGGUCAAUACAGUUAAUGGAUAUAGAAUCAA